AUGGAACCGGGCACAACUAUCAACACGUGGCAGCAGGCUUUCCAAGAUCAUCGGAUUCCCACGACGAGGGCAAUUGAGAAGCAACUUCGCGCCGGCGUCUCGCGAGAUAAGGAGAAGCUCAGGGCUCUCGUAGGAGGCAGCUACCGAGAACUACUAGCAACAGCAGAAGCCAUCGUAGUCCUGCAAGAGAAAACCAAGGUCACAGAAGACCACCUCUCAUCCAUUAGCCACAACUGCAGACCGCCGCAGCAUGAAGCUUCCGCCAAAUCUUCACCACCUGAAAAGGUCGCACUCGCUCAACUGCGACUGCUACAGCGAUGUCAUACCACUUCUUCCACCUCAUUACGCAAUCGCAAUCUCUUGCAAUGCUCCAAACUGCUGUUCCUCUCACGCUUGUUAUUGAAGUCGUUGGACAACCAAGAAUCGCUGUCUGAAAGCCUCGAGUACUUAAGGAACAAGUUCGGAGUCCUCCGUAGACAACUACUCCGACAAAUCGAUGCCACGCUGGUCAAUCCUGUCUCCAACGUGCCAGAUUUACUAGAAGGAAUAUGUUCUUAUUGCCUGGUUACGAGCGUCUCCACUGAGGAUGCUCUCACACAUCUUCGCCAGCUCAGACUCGAGAAACUACGACGUCAAUUGGACAAGCCGCACGGUCCUGAAACAAUAUGUGAAGGACUGCAAUAUCAACUCGCCUCUCUGCAGACUUUCAAGGCCUUAAAUGGGCGUCCUAUCAUCGAAGCAAUGAACAACCUGCGAAAGAAACCAAUCUUGGAAGACCCGGCGAUCAACACAAUCGAGUCAUUAGACCUUGACCGCCUGUGGCCGCUUCUACCUGAAGAGAUCCGUACGUUUGUCCCCUAUUUCAAACGGAGUGCCCCGAGUGCCGAGGAGAUGCAAGCAAAAUUGGAGGCUUGGUCUCGAGAAGCAUGCCAGCUACUCUCCAACUCCGUGGACGACCAUCUUUCCAAGCUGGACGAUAUCACAGGAGUACUGGAAUUGAGGAAGGACAUCUACGAAAUACUAUUGCCAGUGUACUUCUCGACACCUGCUAGCAAUGACAUCAACAAGCACAUCAGACAUUCACUCAACCAGAGGAUAUCCCAGAUUUGCCAUUCACAAGGAGACCGACUUAGCCAGGUCACUCAGGCACUGAUUGAGAGUGCUGUCGGCAACGCGUCGACAAAGUCUCUGUGGGACGCUGAAAUAGUCCAGACGAGCUUGGAGAGAGGAGCAUCAAAGAUGAUCGCCCGGGUCAAGUCACGUCAUUCUGGGUUGAAUGCGAGAUUAUCGAAGUCGAGUAGAACCUUGAACGCCUGGAUAUCUACACUCCACGCAACUCAGAAAGUUAUCGACGAGCUGCCGAAAGUGCGGUGGCGUGACGCAAUCGAGGAACCAGAUGAUGAACAGGAGGAAGAGGCAGCGCAUGUGAUCAGGAUGCUCUGCAAGGAGGAUCCCUCUGUCUACAGUGAGAGUUUGGAAGGGGCACUUCAGAAGGCUCUGUCCAAAUAUGAGACAAGCCUUGCGUCUGCCGCAUCUGCUAUUGGUGGCGAUUGUCCCGAUAUCUCCAAGGCGGUAUACCUGUUGCGUUCGAUAAGGGUCUCAGUAUCGGCAUUGCAGCACGCUUUCCCGGAAGGGGCCAGCGUCAAAGGCCUGGAGGGGAUUGUGCCACGACUGCAUCAGAUUCUUGCUGCAGAUGUCAUGAGGCGCUUAUCCGAAAUGACAGAACGAGAUGGUACCGUCCGGAAGUGGGACAAAUCACAAUUACCAGAAAACAUGCCAUCUCCGAAGGCGUUCAUGACAUUGCGACGGCUAUGCAAUAUCGUGACCGAGAUAGGUGGGACUGACAGCUGGUGUACACCUGCUCUCACGCUAGUGAAGAAGGACGUCGGUGCCAGAGUCUUCAUGCCGGAACACAGGCAAGAUUAUAUGGAGCAUGAAUUUGACGAAGCAUAUCUCAGGAUAGCGUUGGAUCAGGAAGAUGGCUCAGCUGUCGAGAUGAAGCGAAAAUCUCCCGUCGAAUUUGAUUAUUGGCUGAGGACUAAGCUUCUCUUCGGUGUGCUAUCAACAUGA